AUGUCUUUUCGACUUUCUGGGGGCUCCAGGAUCUGCUCACGAGCUGGGUCUGUCAGGCUGUCUAGGGGAAGGACAGGCUUUGUGGCUGGGAGUGUGUGUGUUGGGCCAGAAGCGGAGAGCAGCUUUUCUUGCACUCUUGGGGGUAUUUCUUCAGGGGAAAGCUUCUGCAGUGGCGGUGAAGGGCCAGGAAGUGGCAAUGGCAUGGGUUUUCUGGGAAAUGAGGCCGGCCUCCUCUCUGGGAAUGAGAAGGUGACCAUGCAGAACCUCAAUGACCGCCUGGCCUCCUACCUGCACCACGUCCGUGCUCUGGAGGAGGCCAACGCCAAGCUGGAGCAGAAGAUUGAGGGGUGGUAUGAGAAAUAUGGACCUGGCUGUGGACGAGGACUGGAUCAUGACUACAGCAAAUAUUUCUCUGCCAUUGAAGACUUGAAAAGACAGAUUAUUUCUGCGGCCACCUGUAACGCCAGCAUUGUUCUACAGAAUGACAACGCCAGACUGACGGCUGACGACUUCAAGAUGAAGUAUGAAACCGAGCUGGCUCUGCGCCAGAGCGUGGAGGCCGACUCGAGCAGCCUCCGCCGGAUCCUGGAUGAGCUGGCGCUUUCGGCCACCGACCUGGAGAUCCAGCUCGAGACCCUCCGGGAGGAGCUGACCUGCCUCCGAAAGAACCACGAGGAGGAAAUGAAGGCUCUGCAGUGCGCGGCCGGCGGCAACGUGAACGUGGAGGUGCACGCGGCCCCCGGCGUGGACCUCGCCGCUCUGCUGGACAACAUGCGGGCCGAGUACGAGGACCUGGCCGAGCAGAACCGCAGGGACGCCGAGGCCCGUUUCGGCGAGAAGAGCGCCGCGCUGCAGCAGCGGAUCUCGGGAGACGCCGGGGCCGCCGCGGCCGCCAGAAGCGAGCUCACCGAGCUGAAACGCAGCCUGCAGACCCUGGAGAUCGAGCUUCAGUCGCUCGCCGCCAAGAAACAGUCCUAUGAAUGCUCCCUGGCUGAGACUGAAGGAAAUUACUACGCUCAAUUGCAACAAAUCCAGGAUCAGAUCGCAGCAAAGGAGGAGCAGCUGCAGCAGAUCCGGGCGGAAACAGAAGGCCAGAAGCUGGAGUAUGAGCAGCUUCUGGGCAUCAAAACGUGCCUGGAAAAGGAGAUUGAAAAGUACUGCAACCUACUAGAUGGAGAAGAGAGACGUGAAUCCACAUGUCACUCAUCAAAAGAAGGCAAGCCUGUCAAUCAAAUCAAAGAUUCAACAGAAGAAACAUUCGUGAGAACAGUGGUUGAAGAACUCGACCAGCUGGGCAGUGUCCUUUCUCUGAGAGUGCACUCAGUUGAAGAAAAGUCCUCAAAAGUAAGCAACAUUACAAUGGAGCAACGGAUACCUCCCAAGGCGCCGCAGUGACGAGAAGGUCGUUCGAGAACCAAAGCAGCCUGCCGACGCAAAGUCCCAUCCUCCAGCAACCCCCGACUCUCACA